ACUGCUGGUUGUUACGCGAGUGCAUGGUAGAAAUUCAAAGAACAUGGCUCUUGAAGAAGUUAACUCCAACACGGAAUUUGAUAAAAUCUUGGGUAAUUCUUCCAGUGCCCUUACUGUGGUACAUUUCCAUGCUCCAUGGGCUCUUCAAUGUAAACAGAUGAAUGAAGUGAUGACAGAGUUGGCAAAGGAGAACUCACAUGUCAAAUUUGUGAAGCUUGAGGCUGAGAAUCUACCAGAAAUAUCUCUUAAAUAUGAAAUAAGUGCAGUUCCAACAUUUCUCCUUUUCAAGAACCAAAAGGUUGUGGAUCGGUUGGAUGGAGCAAAUGCUCCAGCCUUGACCAAGAAAGUUCAACAUCAUGCAAGUAUUAUCACCACGACUGUUACUGCAGAAAAAGAACAGGACACAAAACAGGAUUUAAAUACCAGGUUGAAGAACAUCAUAAAUGGAGCACCAAAUGUCCUCUUCAUGAAAGGAUCACCUCAGGAGCCUCGCUGUGGAUUUAGUCGGCAAAUAGUAGAAUUGUUAAAUUCACAUGGAGCAGAUUACAGUCACUUUGAUAUCCUUACAGACAAUGAAGUCAGACAAGGUUUAAAGGUGUACUCAAAUUGGCCCACAUACCCACAGUUAUAUGUUGAUGGGGAACUUGUUGGAGGCCUGGACAUAGUGAAGGAACUUGCAGCAAGUGGGGAAUUAACAUCGACAUUGUCAACAAAAGAAGAUCUUAACAAAAGGUUACAGUCUCUUAUCUCAGCUGCCCCUGUGAUGGUUUUCAUGAAAGGAAAUCCUGAGGGUCCAAGGUGUGGUUUCAGCAGGAAAUUGUGUGAAAUCUUGAAAAAGUAUCCUAGUGUCCCAUUCAAGACUUUUGAUAUAUUGGAAGAUCAAGAGGUUCGCCAGGGUCUCAAGACAUAUUCUAACUGGCCAACUUAUCCACAGAUUUAUGUGAAGGGAGAACUAAUUGGCGGAAUAGACAUCAUCAUGGAGCUUGAUAAGGAUGGGGAGUUGGAAAGUACCUUGACUGGUUAAUUUCAGAAAAAUUAAGAAAAAAUCCAGAAGUACCAUCAUAGUUUUAAGGAUGAAAGACUAUCAGUGACAUUAUUUUUCAAAGUUGACCUGUUAGAUGAUCAAUAUCAAGAAAUUGAUAAGUUACAACAGUGCAAUGACAAAAAUCUGUGAAAAAAUUUAAAUGCUUUUCUUGACAUUGAAACAAAGCUAUUGUUGUUUUAGACUGGCACAAGAAAAUGUCACUUAUCUCCAAUAAAAACAUGUUACAGAUCACAAUUAAUGAUUUUCUGUGUUGCACAAAGUUACCAUGCAAAUGAUCAAAAUCUAAUGAAUGUAAAGAUACAGUUUAUACCUUUGUUUGUUUUUUUUAUUAUUGUUGUUUUAUUAACAUUGUAUGGGUAAAUGUAUUUUUCAUAAGUAUUUACAAGUUGCCUAUGAACUGCUUAAGGUUUGGUUAAAAAUAACUACACUUUUUAAAAGUUUUUUCCCUCAAGGGGAGCAAACCUUUUGCCUUUAAUUUUUUUGUUAACCACAAAUCAACUGGUUUGAAUUUGCAAGCACCUAGGCAUUACAAAAUGAUUCUACUUCCAAGCUUUUAUUUAGGAAAACAACAACAUUAAGACUGUCUGAGUGGAGCUUGAGCUUUUAAUAGUUGCAACAUAAUUUGGUUUUAUCAAGUAAGUUGAUGAUGUAAAUUAGCGCAACUUCUCUAAGGCUGACAUUUUUCACCCUUUGUCAAGGCAAAUGAUGAAGGGCUAACACUCAACGCAUCCGCCUUAGGAACUCUCUACAGAGGUUAAUUUACAUUUACCUACUCAGUUGAUAAAACCCAAUUAUCUUGUAGUACCCCCAUGCAGCACCAGAGUUUCUUUGGCAACUUACCACCUUACAACAAUGUGACACUUCUCCUAAUCUCUCAAACCUAGAGUCUUAAUUCCUUACUAACAAAGCAACUUUGAAGACACUGUGGAACUUUUAGUUUUAGAAAAUAGAAAGGGGAACCUUUUCUUCAGUUUCAAUCCUCUUCAGAGGCAAAUGUUUGAGGUGAUAUCAAAAUACCACAGGUGACCCAUUAAAGCAUUAAAAGUAACAGAGAUUAUGUACAGGGGCAGGAGGCCAUGGAAAGGAGCCUCUAUCUCCCCAAGGAAGUCUUAAUCCAUUAACCCCUAAGAGUAAUUAGCACCUAAUUUUUCCUUACAAUAUCAUCCCCAAAUCACACAUCUAGGUUAGGAGAAUAGAGGAAAUGAUCACCAACUAAAGAAGCUCUUGAUUGUUUAAAAAGUUCUCCCUGUCAGUAUCUCAGGAAAUAUAUAGAGAACAGUUUAGAGAAUAUGCAUACUGAUGAUAGGGUGUAAAGGGUUAAUCAAAACAGAGCUUUCACCAUACAAAUUUUUUACAUCAAACUCCACCAAACAUGUAUUUGUGAGGAAAACCAGUUUUUGUGGUUCAUGGUUGACUCGACCAAAGGGUGAUACUUUCUACAGCAAAAAGUUGUUCUAAAAAUAAAUCUACUCAGGAAAGGGUUGACUCGAGGAAUCAGUGCAGAUAGAGGCUGCUGCUGAUGGGCUCCUGUCAGAAGAAACAUAGCAUGCCAUGUGAGAGGGAAAACGCUGAUCAGUGCUGGCCAGAAUUCUGUUGUCUUUCUCUUUGGUUCACCAGUAUAGCUAGUGCUGCUACUACCAAAAACUCAGUCAAAAUACUCUAAGUAGGUAGCAGUUCCAUGGUUAAGUGAA